AUGAGCGUCGUUGCCAGUAGACCAGAAAACCCUGCUGUGCCUUACACAAUUCCUCAGGAUGCAGCAACUUGCAAGGAAUUCGCCGUCGCGGCACAGCCGGCAACCUCGCGUACCUCUUCCGUUUCUUCCUAUCGCACCAACUACACAACCUCGACCGCGCCAACAGGUUAUACGCCUUCUUCGCCAGCCUCUUCCUACCGUCAAUUCGACUCUGUUGGAUCCAUUCCCAAAAGCAUCGAAUCCGUUCAGCGACGCAUCCCCCAGGAGGUUUACGAUGUCAUCCUUAACAACCUCGAAGUACUACACAAGGCGCCACACCAGACAGGUUGCACAACUUGUUUUCAUCGCGACCUGCAUGCACUGUCCCUGACUUGUCGGUCCUGGGAAAGGGCCGUUCGAGGGCGACUAGGUAGCCGUCUGAAGUUGUUGAGGCGCACCCUACGCGAACGAAACAUGCUGGCCAAUCUCGUCCGCGAACUACGGGUUCCCCAGAUGGACUUACUCUUCACCACAACAAAGCAAAGCGCGCAAUGGCAAGAAUAUCGAGACUUGGUCGCCUCUGUGGUUAUGGUGUGUCCCAAUCUCGAGCGACUUUUGGGUCUGUCUAUCCCUUACCAUCAUGAAUUUGAUCGCCUGACCCACGCCUUGUCAACGCGCAAGCGAUUAAAAGAACAUACUUGGGUUCUUGGUGAGGCAGCGGAGGUCACUGAGCUGUCGCCUCGUGAUGAUUCCUGCCCUGGAAGUUUGGGGCCGUCUCAAAUGUUCGAGUUCCUGGAUUAUCAUGUUUCAUGGAGCAACUUGGAAACAUUGAUGCUAUACGGUCUAAAUGGAAACGGUGCUUUGGAGCCCAGUAUUUUCCUGCGCAUGUUUGACCUCUUGCCCUCUCUACGGAAUCUCUGCAUAUCCUCGUUCAACGAGGAUGCAUUCGCUGAUAGCACACUGCUAUGUUUGCCUCCGUUAGAAUCUUUGCGCUUAGAGAACUUGCCUGGUGUGACUGAUGCAGGUAUUGCACAAUACGCUAUGCGGCCAGAAUCGCAGUCGCUUAAGUCAUUUAUCCUAGUGGAGCAGAACAUUGAGUCUCUGCUGGUCAUCUCCAAGCUACUCGCGUCUCUCAUACAGCUUGAGCGAUUCAAGUUUAUCCAAAGUGACAAGUGUCCUACGCUUGAAGAGGAAGGCAUGGUUUUCCAACCCAUUCUCGCUUCUUCCAGCCUGAAGUAUCUCCACUGGGAUGUGGCAUGCCCGGACCCUGGCACAGCACUCACUCAACUUGAUUCACUACCCUUUCAGCAAUCUCCGAAACAAUCCGACACCCCCAAUUUCCAUCUCGCCCAGAGUGUUCUCGCAGCGGGAUUUCCAUGUCUGGAAACCCUCCGGGCGCCGAACGACUGUCAGCCUCCCGGUGCCUUGCAGGCAGUUUGCCGACCUAUCACAAAGGGCCAAGCAUUACUUCGACCAGACCGUUAUAGUUUGCCCCGGAGCUCGCACGGUUCCGUCAGCACUCGACCCCUUGCUUUGCCUGCCGGGAACAACCUGACAUCAUCUCGAAUUCGAGCUCAAACCUUCAUUGACAUGGCCGCCAAGGAUACAGAAUCGGGCAUGCCAGUAUUGAUCGAGGAUUACUCAGAUGGUUAUGUACCGGACAACGCGUUACUUGCAAAUUUCGAAGAAGAACCAGAGCCGGAGAUCGACGACUACGGAAUCUGGGAAGCGUCCGAACAAUAUAAACACAAUCCUCCCGUGUUGGACAACGACGGACCCAAGACAGUUUACAAAUUUCGAAUGCCGGCUUUCAUGGGUCGCUCGGGUGUGCGGGACCCCUUGACAGGGGCGUCCAUUCCCCGAUUCCACCUUCGGCCUGAUAUCCCCGGUCAAGAAUCGGAAGGUGGUCUGAUUGGGUGGAAGCAAUUACUUGCUUCCAACCAGUCACUAUCAUACGCAGCUGGGGUUGGCGUUCAUUGCUUUGAAACAAAUAGCAAGCUACCCAUCAGCCCACCGAUCGAGGAACUCGCAUCUCCUUCAUCUACUACUACUUCGCGUUUCGGUUGGGGCAGCCUGGGGAACCGGUCUACCGGUACUCCUGCAACACCAACAACACCCAUCACACCGAUGAGCCAUACGUCGUCUUCCGCUCUACCCUGGGAAAAAGAUACCUGCACCGGAUCCUGGAACCAUAAGAUGGGCCGGGAUUGGUGGUUCCAUAUGGAACGCGACCGCCCCGGUAACUCGGAGCUCAUCAACGUGAAGCAACUCUUCUAA